AUGUAUGGGGCAUGCAGAGGAAAUGAACAUUUGACUUCAGUGUUGCUUCUGUAUUCAAAAGAUAAAGAAGCUUUUUGGCUUCUGGUUGCUAUCAGGGAUCAUCUUCCCCAGCUGACAGAACACAUGACUGAUAUGACAUUCUUUUCCUCAGUUUCUCUCUCAUGGUUACUCACAGUUUUUAUUAGUGUACUACCUGUUGAAAGUGCAGUGAAUGUGGUGGACUGUUUCUUCUAUGAUGGACUAAAGACCGUUUUACAACUGGUAUUGGCAAUACUUGAUAAUUUAGACAAACUGCUGGCAUGUAAAGAUGAUAUUGAAGAUGUGACAGCUUUAAACAGGUUCUUUGACAGUAUCACUAAUAAGGAUAGCCCAUUGCCUUCAACAGUUCAGCAAAGUUCAAAUGGGAGUGAUGAAAAAGAAGUCAGAGUGGAUAUUAUAGAUUUGAUUAGGGAGUCAAAUGAGAAAUAUGGUAAUGUUCAUUGUGAAGAUAUACACAGCAUGCACUGUCAAAAUAGAUUGUAUUUGAUACAGACCCAGGAGGAAAUGACAAAGCAGAAUGUGUUGUAUUAUUGGUGUUUGAGUUGUCCAGUGUUGAGGCACCAUGACACCCAUCUGCCAUAUUUGCAACAGUAUCAGAUUGACUGCCAGCAGUUCAGAGUGUCAUAUUUACUCUUGAGUCCCUGGGCUACUUCUGCAAACAGAGACAAACUAACUUUAUGGACAUUCAGACUGCCAUAGACUGCCUUGUUGGACAAAAACUCUGACUGCCUUAUAAACUUCAAAGAAUUCUCCUCUGCAAUUGACAUAAUGUACAAUGGAGGUUUUACUGAGAAGCUUAAACUAAUUUUUAAGAUGUAUAUUCCUCCAGCUUAUGUUGAAGUGAAAUUCAAGGACCCUUCAAAGGGAGAUGAACUUUCUAAGGAAGUUUAUUUCAGUCAGCUCCAUGUUUCGAUGCCUGUACGUAAAAAGGAAGCAGAAUCAGGGAAAAACAGCCCAUAUAUGGGCAAAGGAAAAGCUGAUAUUCAAGAACAUCUGAGUCAAUGGCAAGAUGAGCUUUUAAAAGAAGAAAACAUUAAGGAUUUACCAAGAAUGAAUCAGGAACAAUUUAUUCAGUUUUCAAAGACCCUUUAUAACUUAUUUCAUGGGGACCCUGAAGAAGUUGUAACCAGCCUUUUGCUCAGAAUGAAAGAAAUUAGAAUACUUCACAGCCCCGCAUCAUCAGCCAAAGGAUUCUCUUGUACUUCUGGAGGACAGAGUGAGGGGAAAACAGGGAGGUCCUUGGAGAAAGAUCCCUCCUCUAAGGCUAGGGAAGAGCCUUAGUGGUCAUUUGCAUUUGAAUAGAUUCUUGCUUCUUUGUUGAAUGAACCAGCAGUGGUGAGUUUUUUUGAGAAACCCACAGAUGUAAAAGCCAAACUAGAAAAUGCAAAAGCCUCUCAGUUAAGUUUUAGAAGAUCCCCGGACCACUCUUUGACCCAGGCUGGCUGGGUACAAACUGAUGGAAUCUGGGAAGACACCAAUCUGGGAGAUCUGGAGGGAGAGGUCCCGGUGACUCUUCCACCCCCGUACGCUCUUGGAGCAUGGGAACCCUCUCAAGCCUUAGAAACCCCACCUCCUUCGGUGCCUCUGGCAGAACCCAGUGCAUCCUCAGCCUCCCCAGUCACCAAUCGAUUGUGCAGCCAUCCAGGGCUACAACUACCGCUCAGGGAGACUCAAGCUCCACCGUACAUGGGCUUCGAUGGCACGGAGCAACCAGGUCGAACUGUGGUUUAUUAUUAG